CAGGCCAUGAGCUACCGCCAGUCCAUGUACCCAGGAGGCGCAGCAGCCAACCUCGCACCCUCGAACGCGUCCCUCGCCUCGUCGGCCCAGACUCCCGCCCACUCGCGCCUCCUCGACAAGCAACGCGAGUUCACCGCCUUCUCACACAUCUGCAACCACGCCGCACAGCUUGCCACCUUCCUCGACGAGUACGCCACCCGCUGCGACACCCUCGUCGGCGGCAGCGAGGCCGUCGGCGACGUCGUCGAGCACUGGCAGAACGUCUUUCGCGCAACCGGUCUCGCCAUCGCCUCGAUCGCCGAGCAGCGUGCCGCAGUCCCUCCACCUCCCGACGCCCCCGAGGGCUACGUACCCGCACUCGGGCCCGACGCCCUCCCCGCCAAGCUCGUCCGCAUCCCCGUCCGCAACGACGCCGACCACGACGGCGGCUCACAGCCGCCUGCCUCGGGCGAGGGCAGCGGCGCAGCGACGCCAGUUCAGGCAUGA